GGUAUAAAUACCCAGCAUCAUUGUACUGGAGGGCAGCAUAUCCUCAGUUGUGCUCUGCCCUUAAGGAUAUACAGCAGCACCAGGAGCUCUCUGGUGCAGAAGAAAGUUGGGUUUCUUCUUCUAUUGGAUGCCGGUUUGGGAUUGCAAGAUGGACCUACGAGUGGCAAGCAUCUUCCUUCUCAUUGUGGCCUCUGCAGCAGCCACUGGAAAGGGCUAUGUGGUGAAAAAAGUAGUCCCCAUGAAUGUUAAGAGCCACGUGGUAUCAAUGGCAGGUGAGCCUGGUCCUCCAGGUGAGCCUGGCCCUGAGGGACCUCAAGGCCCACCUGGUCCCCCAGGUCAGGAUGGAGUUGGUCAUACUGGACCUCAAGGACCCCCUGGACCUCCUGGACAUCCUGGCCGCUCUAUUGCUGGCAAACCUGGAACUCCAGGUGGACCUGGCAAACCUGGCAUCCCUGGAACACCUGGUGAGAGGGGAGAAACCGGAGCCACAGGCCCCCAGGGACCAAGAGGAGUUCCAGGCUCUCCUGGAAGCCCAGGACCUGCUGGUCUGUCUGCAACUGGCAAACCAGGACCUUCCGGCCUUCCUGGAGCAAUGGGACCAAGAGGAGAGCCUGGCCUGAAAGGACAUCCAGGUAUCCCAGGACUUCCUGGGCCUAAGGGUGAAAGGGGGUAUGGUGCUCCUGGACCACAAGGCGAGACAGGACCUCAGGGACCUAUGGGUCCAACUGGAGCCCCAGGUUCACCUGGAAUUGGAAGGCCAGGGAAACCAGGUGCUAAUGGUGAGCCUGGAAAGUCAGGUAGCCCAGGUAGAGAUGGUGCCCCUGGUCCCAUGGGACCACAGGGACCUAAGGGACACACUGGUGCUCCAGGUGUAGGUCUUCCAGGUAAACCAGGUGAGAAUGGUGCCCCAGGUUUGCCUGGUCCUGCUGGACCUAAGGGUCAUCAGGGACCUUCUGGAGCUCCUGGUGCCCCUGGAGUUCCAGGUUAUGGAAAGCCAGGUGCAAAUGGUGAGAAGGGAGAGAGAGGUGCCCCAGGUAGCCCAGGUUCCCCAGGAGCAAAGGGAGAGCAAGGCCCAACAGGUUAUACUGGUGCCACUGGUGCAACUGGCCCAACAGGUGCUGUUGGACCUAGGGGUGAAAGAGGUUUCCCAGGAGCAACUGGCCCUGUUGGUCCUAAAGGUGACACAGGUGCAACUGGUGCUCAGGGACCUAAGGGACACAAGGGAGAUCAGGGAGCACAAGGUUUCCAAGGUAAGCAGGGUUACCCAGGGGCAGCUGGUCCUCCUGGACCCAGAGGUGCCACUGGACCUGCAGGUGAGAAAGGUAAUGUUGGUGCCCCAGGUACCCCAGGUGCUCCAGGUAUUCCAGGGCCUGCUGGACCCAAAGGACACACUGGUCGCCCUGGUGAACCAGGUGCUUCUGGGUCUGAUGGAGCUCCAGGUGCCAGAGGGCCUGCUGGACCACAGGGGCCUGCUGGUGUCCCUGGCCUCAAGGGACAUCCAGGUCUCCCUGGACCUCCUGGCCCCGCUGGUCUCUCUGCAAAGGGCAUUUCUGGACCUCAGGGUCCCCCUGGUCAACCUGGUGAGCCUGGAGCUGAUGGAGAACCUGGCCCAGCUGGCCCCCCUGGUCCCCCCGGACCUCCUGGUGAGGUUGUUUUUGAGAAAGGCAUGGGAUUUAGUGAGGUUAUGGUCAAGUCCCCCAUGUCAGCAUUUACUGCUGUUCUUGCCACCCCAUACCCUGCUGCUGGCACCCCCAUUAGAUUUGACCAGAUUGUUUACAAUGCUGAGAAUCACUAUGACCCUGAGUCAGGAAUCUUCACCUGCCAGGUUCCUGGAGUUUACUACUUCUCCUACAGCAUCCAUGUUAAUGGAGCUCAUGCCCUGGUGGCUUUGUACAAGAAUGGUCAGCCAAUUAUGUUUAGUUAUGAUGAGUAUAACAAGGGUUUCCUGGACCAAAUGUCUGGUAGCGCUGUCCUCUUACUUGAUGAGCAUGACACAGUCUACGUCCAGAUCCCUGAUGAGGAUGCCAAUGGUGUAUUUGCUGCAGAGAAUGUCCACUGCUCUUUCUCUGGAUUCCUUAUUGCUUCAACGUGAUACGUUGAUGCAGAAGUUUCCAAAAGCAAACCAACUAAUUUUGCAAUCUAUUUCUCAAAGUAAAACUCCCUGUUCAUUUUACGCAACCCAACAGACAGGCAGUACAGCCUUCUUGAGGAAUAGUAGCAUCUUAACUUGAAAACUACAAGAAAUGGGUGCUUAAAAGAAGGAAAACUAAUUUAUAAAAAUAGCUGAUUUAAGGAGGGAGAAAGCAAUACACAAUGUUCCAGUGAUGUUUUGUAAUGUAAACAGCAUGUGAAAUCGAGGUGUUAUAACUGUUGUGUCCGAAACUUUUCUCUAACACUGUUCCUUUAAUUCUGACUUAAACUGGUCUCUUUAAACUUAGUGUCUGUCUUCUUUGUUUUUGUAAAAUCUUGUUUUUUUUUUUUGUUUUUUUUUAGGGUUGAAGGGAACAACAGUCUAAUAAAAAUACAUUAAUUCUUUUCUGUGCAACAUGUGACUAAAUGUGACUUGAAUAUAUUGUGAAAAAUAAUGAUGAAAUUGACUGUUUUUUUUCUAAACCAAACUGUCUUAACAGCAACAUUGUUAUAACCCUUGACAUGCAUUGUGUCAUGUAAAACAUAAAGACCAAAAUAAAUAACGUCUUAAUGAA